AUGAGUUUCAGUACCGAGGGAAGGAGCUUCAGUACAAAGAGACGGAGUCUUAGUACCGAGGGUGAGAGUCUUAGUACCGAGGGACAGAGUUUCAUUGCCGAUCUCCAGCUGUCGGUGAGGCCAGGAGAGCCAUCUGUGUCCAGUCUCUACAUACUUUCCACGCCAUCUCCACACUGUCUUUACGCUUUCUCCAAACCUCUACAGCCAUCCCCAUGCACACUGCCUCCAAACACUCCUAACUCUCCACGCUAUCUGAACGCUAUCUAUCUCCGUGCUGUCUCCAAGCUUCCUACAAAUCUCUACAAUCUCUCCACACUAUCUCCAGGGCAUUCUCCAAAUCCUUACAAGCUUUCCAUGUGCUUACGGAAGUUGCAUCAGGGAACCGGAACAAUGAAACCAAUUCCUGUUUACGAGGAAAUGCCACGAUGGACAAGAUUACCACGGAAGCGUCGACCCAGAGAACCCGAGAUACAGCAUCGUAACCCCGACAGCGAGAUACAGUAUCAUACCCCCGACGAGAUACAGUCGCAUACCCCCGACAGCGAGAUACAGUAUCUCACCCCGACAGCGAGAUACAGCAUCGUACCCCGACAGCGAGAUACAGUAUCAUACCCCCGACAGCGAGAUACAGUAUCGUACCCCCGACAGCAGAUACAGUAUCAUACCCCCGACACCGAGAUACAGUAUCAUACCCCGACAGCGAGAUACAGUAUAUACCCCGACAGCGAGAUACAGUAUCUCACCCCACGCGAGAUACAGUAUCAUACCCCGGCACCGAGAUACAGUAUCGUACCCCGACAGCGAGAUACAGUAUUAUACCCCGACACCGAGAUACAGUAUCAUUCCCCGACAGCGAGAUACAGCAUCAUACCCCGACACCGAGAUACAGUAUCAUACCCCGACAGCGAGAUACAGUAUCGUACCCCCGACACCGAGAUACAGUAUCGUACCCCCACAACGAGAUACAGCAUCAUACCCCCGACAGCGAGAUACAGUAUCGACCCCCGACAGCGAGAUACACGAGAUACAGUAAUAUACCCCGACACCGAGAUACAGUAUCGUUCCCCGACAGCGAGAUACAGUAUCAUACCCCCGACAGCGAGAUACAGUAUCAUACCCCCAGACACCGAGAUACAGUAUCAUACCCCCGACAGCGAGAUACAGUAUCGUACCCCGACAGCGAGAUACAGUAUCAUACCCCCGACAUACGAGAUACAGUAUCAUACCCCCGACAGCAGAGCCAUCAUACCCCCAACAGCGAGAUACAGCAUCAUACCCCCGACAGCGAGAUACAGUAUCAUAACCCCGACAGCGAGAUACAGUAUCGUACCCCCCAGCGAAUGCAGUAUCAUACCCCGACAGCGAGAUACAGCAUCAUACCCCGACAGCGAGAUACAGCAUCAUACCCCCGACAGCGAGAUACAGCAUCAUACCCCCGACAGCGAGAUACAGUAUCAGCCGCCCGACGAGAUACAGCAUCACACCCCCGACAGCGAGAUACAGUAUCAUACCCCGACAGCGAGAUACAGUAUCAUACCCCGACAGCGAGAUACAGUAUCGUACCCCGACAGCGAGAUACAGUAUCAUACCCCCGACACCGAGAUACAGUAUCGUACCCCCGACAGCGAGAUACAGUAUCAUACCCCAACAGCGAGAUACAGUAUCGUAUCCCCGACACCGAGAUACAGUAUCAUACCCGACAGCGAAUACAGCAUCAUAGCCCCGACACCGAGAUACAGUAUCAUGACACCGAGAUACAGCAUCAUACCCCGACGAGAUACAGCAUCAUACCCGACACCGAGAUACAGCACCCCCGACACCGAGAUACAGUAUCAUACCCCGACAGCGAGAUACAAGAUCGUAACCCCGACAGCGAGAUACAGCAUCAUACCCCGACAGCGAGAUACAGUAUCGUACCCCCGACAGCGAGAUACAGUAUCAUACCCCCGACAGCGAGAUACAGUAUCGUACCCCAUUCACCGAUAUACAGUAUCAUACCCCGACAGCGAGAUACAGCAUCAUACCCGACACCGAGAUACAGUAUCGUACCCCCGACAGCGAGAUACAGUAUCAUACCCCGACAGCGAGAUACAGCAUCGUACCCCCGACAGCAGAUACAGCAUCAUACCCCGACACCGAGAUACAGUAUCGACACCCGACGAGAGAUACAGUAUCGUACCCCACAACGAGAUACAGUAUCAUACCCCCGACAGCGAGAUACAGUAUCAUACCCCCGACAGCAGAUACAGUAUCAUACCCCCGACAGCGAGAUACAGUAUCAUACCCCAGCAGAUACAGUAUCGUACCCCCGACACCGAGAUACAGUAUCAUACCCACGACAGCGAGAUACAGCAUCAUACCCCCGACAGCGAAUACAGCAUCAUACCCCGACAGCGAGAUACAGUAUCAUACCCCCGACAGCGAGAUACAACACCAUACCCCCGACAGCGAGAUACAGUAUCAUACCCCCGACAGCGAGAUACAGCAUCAUACCCCCGAGACCGAGAUACAGUAUCGUACCCCGACAGCGAGAUACAGUAUCGUACCCCCGACAGCUUGAAAAAGAUCGCCGAGACGUCCUCCCCCGAGCCAUGCGUGGCUCAGGCCAGUGGGACACUGAUCACCGGCUCGUCAGAGCCAAGCUCUCACUUCACAUCGCCCCAAAACGACGAGGGCAAUAAGCCUCCAGAAGAGGUUUUAACACUGAGUGUAGGGAGGAUCCAGCGGGAGCACAUGUUUUCAGAGAGUAGCUCGAGCAUGGGCUGA